UUCGCAUAUUCAUGUUGGACAUUUUGGCUGUUGAUGUGAGACACGUACACAACUCUUUUUUUGUUGUCUGCGUGGUACUCCACGUGAGGACUCUUACGUAAACACCUCUCCGACCAAUCCGCUUCUCUUCUAGAAACGGAAGUUGUAAGACAUUAGCAUUUUCCUUCAAAGCGACACACUUCUCUAGCUUCUCACUCAGGAGUCAAAACACAGCGAAUAUUGCGCAUUUAAAGCCUGCCUUGCGUUUUUCUCUUUAAACCUUCGACAUGAAACACAAUUCGAACGUCCCAGCUUUCCUCACCAAGCUGUGGACUCUGGUCGAGGAUGCAGACACCAAUGAAUGUAUUUGCUGGAGUCAGGAGGGCAACAGCUUCCUGGUGUUGGAUGAGCAGCGUUUUGCCAAGGAGAUCCUCCCCAAGUUCUUCAAGCACAACAACAUGGCCAGCUUCAUCAGACAGCUCAAUAUGUAUGGAUUCCGUAAAGUGAUGCACAUUGACACAGGCAUUGUGAAACAGGAGAGAGACGGUCCAGUGGAAUUUCAGCACCCCUACUUCAAACAUGGACAGGAUGACCUGCUGGAGAACAUAAAGAGGAAGGUCUCCAACACCCGGCCAGAGGACAGUAAGAUUCGACAGGAAGACCUGGGCAAGAUCUUAGCAAGUGUUCAGAGUGUUCACAGCAAGCAGGAAAGCAUCGACGUCAGGCUGGCAACACUGAAGAGAGAGAAUGAAGCACUGUGGAGGGAGAUCUCCGAUCUGAGACAGAAACACGCCCAGCAACAGCAACUCAUCAAGAAGUUGAUACAUUUCAUCGUCACAUUGGUACAGAACAAUCGCAUCCUGAAUUUAAAACGUAAAAGGCCAAUUCUUAUGAACAGCAAUGGAAAGAAGUCCAAAUUCAUUCAUCAGCUCUAUGAUGACAAAGUGUGCAUGGAACAGUCAUCUGUCAACAGUCUGAAUGGUGUGAAGGGUUCAGAGAUGUCAGAUGACGUUAUCAUCUGUGACCUGACAGAGAGUGAAGCUGAGUUGUCUGCUGAAGUCACAGACGAUUCACCCAGAGCCUAUGAGCAGAGUGAUGUAGAAAUCGUGGAAGUAGAGCUGGACAGCUGCACAGGGCUGAUAGGCGAGACGGAGGCGAGCACCACCUGCACAGAUGACACCAAACAGACAGAGGGCGCCAUGUCAGCGACGGCGGACGAGCAGAGGAGCAGCACUUCUGACAGCAGCGGACCAAACAGUAGCGCCCUGCAGCUCAAUAAACCAUCAGGCUUCAGUCUGGAAGACCCUCUCAAAAUAAUGGACUCCAUACUGAAUGAGAAUGGAGCAAUAUCACAGAACAUCAACCUGCUGGGCAAGAUGGAGCUGAUGGACUAUCUGGACAGUAUUGAUUGCAGUCUGGAGGACUUCCAGGCCAUGCUUUAUGGAAAACAGUUUGGCUUGGAUUUUGAUUCCCUAGAGGAGAGUGCGUCCUCCAAAGAGAACACAGCACAGCUGAACAGAGGCAGGACAGAGGGAGGUAACACAGAUAAGCAGUUGAUCCAGUACACCACCUGCCCCCUGCUGUCCCUCUUCGAUGGCUGCACCUCUCCCUCAGAGCUGGACUUGGGCAGCAGCAGCAGCACCGGCGCCUCCAACACACUCCUCCAGUCAUCCUCCAGCUCCGGCACCGUGGACGCCGAGCCACCCGCGGAGCUGCUGGACACCAGCCUGGAGCUGAAGCAGCCGGGCCGUAGCUCCCUGAUCCGCCUCGAGCCUCUGACGGAGGCCGAGGCAAGCGAGGAGUCCCUCUUCUAUCUGUGUGAACUGAGUCCUGGCGGCCCCGAUGCCGACUCCUCCCUGCUGGACAGACUGUGAGCAGCAGACCUGUGAUGCUGAUGCUGAUGCUGAUCCCGCUGAUGUUGGCUCGCCACAGACUACCACCCCUCCAUCCUCGAGACAGUACUGACAGUUUGUCAAUACCCCCACACACACACACACACACACACACACACACACACACACACACACACACACACACACACACACACACACACACACACACACACACACACACACACACACACACACACUUCUCUGGCCUUAGGGUGCGUUUGUUGAGUUGUCAGAACAUUAGAAAAGCACCACGCAGGCUGAAGAACUGCUGCAGUUUGUGCUUCAUAUGGCUUUUUUAUUGAAGAUAGCAAUCUAAGUUACAGAAAUAUGAUUCUAUACCACUGUCAUACAAACUGAUGGCAUUUCUGAGUAGGCCAACUUAUCUUAGAAGAGAUGUGACAUGUCUAGUGAUGACAUGUAGUGAUUUUGCCAUUAGCUUGUAAAUAAAUAGGACCAAGGAAGGUUCAGAAAAGUCCACACAUUUUCCUGCCAUGUGUCUGUUAAACAUUUUUCGUUUUUAAUUGAUAGGAGACCUUUUUUUUAAACUUGACAUGGGGCCCACGCUGUGACCGGUGCAAGCACAGGACCUGGAUUCCCCUCGACACAGCUUAGCGGUCGCUGCUCUUCAAGUAUCUGCACCACAUGACAACAUCAGCAAGGAGGCACCUGACCGCUUAUUAGCCGACUGAAUCUUUUGUACAUACUUCUGAAAAUCUAUUUAUUGCCAAUUUUUUUUGUUGUUGUUUUGUUUCUUUUGCUACAUUUCUUCUUCAUAAAGCCACAUUCCUUAAAAUAGCGUUAAUCUCAGCCAGAUCGGUUCGGUUUGAGUUCAGACUUUUAGAAGAUUGAUUUAGUUCCAUUUGUUUCAAUGAAGGCAACACUCUCUAGAGCACCAUUUUAAAGCAGGGGUUACCAAAGAUGAUCGCCAGUCUGAAUGUGUCAGCUAGUUUUUGGGUUCAGAUGUUACAUUGGGGAGUGAUCUGACGGAGGUGGCUCGUAAAAAACAACAAAACAAUGGAGCAUGAUGAGUUAAGUUUGUAAAGAAUGCAAUCCGUGUGUGUCCAGCAUCAGAAUAUACUGUAACUUCACAAUCAGAGCUUUAAAGUUCCUUCUUGACCUCAGAAACCACCGACUGAGAGACAAGAAGUUCAUUCGAUGACAACAAAUUUCUUCCGCAUAUCCAUUUACUGUGUGUGUUGUGAAAACGUCGCAACAAAUGAACGGUGUGUCCAUAUCAUUUUUUUGUCAUUAAACCCUGAUGUGGUGAUGCUGCCGUCCAGCUGCGACCGUAAAUGGCAGAGAAGAGGUGGAACUUCGGUAUCAUCGGGCGACAUUGUUCAUGUGUUAGUUUGAGUGAGAAAUAAAGAGUGACUGUUUUUUUUAUUUGAUUUGCUGAAGUAAAAUAAAAAUGAGGGAAACAACGGACUCCCCAAAAAA